AUGUCUUUGCUAACUGUUAGCCAACAAAUAACUAUCUACGGUGGCUUUAUUCUUGCUAUUGGAGGUAUUUUUGGUAAUUCGAUGAAUAUUCUUAUAUUUUCGACAUAUCAAACUUAUCGUACAACUCCUUCUACAUUUUGUUUUCUAAUAAAUUCGAUAAUAAAUCUCAUUUACUUAUGCAUGAAUCUCCUUAGUCGAAUUCUUAGCGUUGGCUAUGGCAUUGAUUACACUCGUACAUCUAUUCUAUGGUGUAAAACACGUUCAUUUUCUAUAACGACAUUUAGUUUAAUCUCUUUCACUUGCUCAUGUUUAUCCGCAAUCGAUCAAUAUUUCUUAACUUCUUCGAACGUUCAAAUUCGACAGUAUAGUCAAAUGAAAUACACCUAUCGAAUUCUUUUAUUCAUGAGUUUUAUUUGGUGUCUUCACGGCAUUCCAUAUUUUAUAUAUUUAGAUAUUUCUUCUAAUGACAAAUUAUGUAUGAAUACGAAUUUAUUCUAUCGAAAGUAUUUGAUGUCUAAUAUAUUCAUUCUUUUAUGUCUUACUCCGAUAUUUAUUAUGAUCUUAUUCGGGUAUUUAGCGUAUCGAAACAUUCGUCAAACGAUUUUUCUUUCGAAACAACAAGUUGAUCGUAAAUUGACGCGAAUAAUUUUUGUUCAAGUUCUUCUGGUGAUUGCCAGUGUGACUCCAUAUGGAAUUUUUAAUGUUUAUAUGAUGAUUACGAAGGAUUAUUCUAAAGAUGCCUAUCGACAAAUGCAAGAGUAUUUCAUUUCGACGAUCGUUGGUCUGAUAUCUUAUUUUUAUUUUGUUGGAAAUUUUUAUAUGUUCUUCAUUGUAUCAAGUCGUUUUCGUGAAAAAGUCAAAGAUCGGAUCUUCUUUUGGAGGAAAUCAGAGAAAUGGAAACAUCUUGGAUUAGGUUCACUUAUGGAAGUCAAUUUGAAACAAGAAAAAGAUGAAAUCAAUUCUUAUGAACUUAUCAAAACGGCUUUCGCUAUGGACAUUACCAGUAGAAAUCAAUUUGAUGAUAAAAAUUCCGAGUCGCAAGUAUAG